GUUAGGCGGCCCAGGGUAGAGUGGGCGCGCCAGGGAGCUAUGUGGUGAUAUACGGGGUGUAUGCUGGAUGAUGAGAACUCGCUGAUGUGGCAUAUUAAGCCGAACUGGAACCGCAUUCUGCUGUUGGUUGUGCUGAGACAAAGACCGGUGAUCAUAAUUGCACAUCAGAUUACCGGUGAGAAAUUUGUGGUUGGGGGCAGCAUUAAUAAGGGAUGUCGGUACUUCACAAAGAUAGAUUUGAAAUCCGGAUACCAUCAAAUUGUUGUUAGACCUGAGGAUCAGCAUAAAACCGCAUUUCAGACCAGGUACGGUCUAUACGAGUUUGUGGUGAUGUCGUUUGGCCUAUGCAAUGCGCCUGGUACGUUCCAGCACACGAUGAACAAGAUUUUUCAUGACUGCUUUGACAAGUUUAUCAUUGUGUACCUCGACGAUAUUCUCAUCUUUCGUAGGACUGUAGAGGAGCACGCUGAGCACUUGAAAACAGUGUUAGGUCUCCUAAGACAGCACCAGUACAAGGUGAACUUGGAUAAAUGCGAGUUUUGUCGCACCAAGAUCCUGUACUUGGAUCAUGAAAUUUUAGCAGAUGGAUUGAGGCCGGAAGAUGCAAAGGUGGUCAACAUACGUGACUGGCCUAGACCUCAGACUAUUACUGAGGUCAGAUCGUUUUUGGGGAUGACGGACUAUUAUCGUCCGUUUGUGAAGAACUAUAGUACUAUAGCUUCCCCACUAACAGAUCUAACUCGACUUGACACCCCUUGGGAGUGGACUGAAGAGUGUGAGGCAAGCUUCAAGAAAUUGAAGUAUUCCCUAACACACUAUGAAGUUCUCAAACUUCCUGAUCCUGACAAACCAUUUGUUGUGACCACAGACGCCAGCCAAUAUGGCAUAGGCGAGGUCCUUGCGCAACAGGAAGGGCCCAAGUUGAGACCGAUCGAGUAUAUGAGCAAGAAGAUACCAUCUCAAAACAGAGGGGGAGGCGGAGGGGGAGGGGGAGGCAACAACGCAUGUUUUAACUGUGGAAAGAUCGGACAUUUCACUCGUGAUUGCUGGGCGAAGAGAGGAAGAAACUAUAGUCCACAACAAGGUGACCCCGAGCUAGAGGAAAUAAAGGAACACUUUCGGCAGCUUCGGAAGGAAAGAUAUGAACUAGAGGAGCAGUGUAGACUGGAGGAAGAACGAAAAGCCAAGGAGGAAGAUGAGAUACGUAGAAACCAGGAUUUCGCGCGGAAAGCGGAGGAGUUUCGAUUACAGCUACGCGCCGAGCUUCUAGAAGAAUGGAGGAGAACUAACUCGGAAGCUAAGGAGGCAGUAGAGAAGACUAGGAGAUCGACACAGAAGCACGCUGCGAAAAGUGGGAGUGGAACCAAACAGAAGACAGGCCGGAAUCGGAAGAAGAAGGUACGGGAGUCGUCGAGCGAGGAGUCGGAAUCAGAGAAUACAUCCAAUGAAGAGAUAUCAGACUCGUCAACUAGUGACGCUAACACGGAAGGAACGAGAGCGUGUUUGAAGGCACGCGGUAAGCGCACGGUGAAACGAUCGAGGUGGAAAGUGAAGCCGAAGAAGGAUAAAGGCAAGAGAACUUUAGAGCGCACACCACCGAGUAGAGUUUACGAACGGGGCGAAAGCUCCAAACAACUGCCGGUGAGACAAGAGGAUGAACCUGGCUUCGAAGAUAUGAGGGACAAUUGCGAACCUCAGACACCCUUGACCGACAAUUUCAAGGGUCUCUCAGCCGGGUGCUUACAAAAGGGACUCAUCGAAUACUGUAUCUCAGCUCAUAAGAUUUACUCCACCAAGAAAGUUGACGUGCUGAGGAAGCUAUGCGAGGAGAAGGGACUGAAGUACACGAAGAAACCGGAAGCUGUCGAGAUACUUGCGAGACACCAAGUUCAACUAGCAUACGACGGCUUCGACGAGACACCGGGGAGCACGGCAGCGAAGAUCAAGACGAAAGCCUCUGGCUCACCGCGUAAGGAUUUCGUGAAAGACAAGACCACGUAUGUUGUGAUACCACGACACGCAAAUAGCACGGAUGACUAUGCUUUCGAGAAGCACUUGAUUUCGACUUUUAAUCCUAGCUUGAACUCGAGGGACAGAGGGAAAGACGGAAAAGAGAAGUUGUCGAAGGGGAGACGGAGGAAGGGCAGACGGGAGAGAGGCGGACGCAGGAGAACACUGCGCUCGCAGAGAGUGAUUACGAUAGGAUACCAGGGGAUGCAUAUCACUUCGGUCCUUAGCUGGCCGACGGAACACAUUGACGGGAUGGAGAUAACUAUACAGUUUGGUAGCGGAGAUAGCUGGAUAGACGGCUGGAGGAGAAUUAGGAGAGCUUUCGAUGACUCUGAAAUCGUGAUUGGGGGAGAAGUAUCGAGACUCAGCGGAUCCAAGGCGGCAUUGGAAGAGGGAGGGAAGGUGCGGUUCAAGCGAAUUAUUAAGUCAAAGACCACGACCGAGCGCAAUAGGAGCUUGCUGAUCACUCUGCUCAAGAGACCGAGACCGGAUUCUAGACUGCAGCCUCUGCCUACAAAGAAGCUCAUCGGCCUCUAUAAGACCGCAGGCUUGUUCGGGGAUAAGGGAACGAAGCACCGACUGCGCACGAAGCUGGAUCGGGUCAUAGCCCGGAAGACGGGCGUGACCAUGAGAAAGAGGGUUAACAUCAAACUGCUCUUUGACUCACGUAUCCGGAAGAAUGGUGUCAGGAGCUUGGCGGAGCGAGCGAUUGAUAGGGCAAUUGAGGAGAAGCCUCUUGCGGAUUUCGUGAAAACCAGAUUCUGUGUCCUGUGGCUAAAGAACCGGACGGUGGCAGAGCUGCUACACAACCAGAAGAAAUAUGCAAAUAUGCAGGAGUACCCUUGCCCAUGUAGAUACUUGGAUUUGCACAAAAUGGAGGGACACGUGUCCACUCGUUUCUCGGAGAUGGACGUACCUACCUUUGUCAGGAAUUCCAAGAAUGUGACCAAACCGACCAGAGCUAUCAGCACGGACACACUGGCUAAGGCCUUACUUUUAGCGACCCAACACUUGAAGGUGAAGGAGAUUCCAGAGAUCGACCCAAGGGAGGUGCUGAUCGGCGAACAGAGACCAAGUACAACCUGGACGGAUGAGGAGGUGCUCAAUUGGAAGGUGCGUCUAGAUGGCCUGGUGCUCAGACCUAUAGAUCGCAAUCAAGGUGACACGGCGGUACUGUGCCUCGUACUCUACCGGCAUGGAUUCAGUAAGACAUUCUCUUGUAACACGAACUACGAAGCAGUGGGGACCUGGGAGGCUGAGGCGGAAGUCCUUAAAGAGAGCAGAGAUGACUUCAGGAGGAGUGGACUUCAAGCAAUUGGGACCUGGAAACCGGACGACCGCUUGGGGGCCGCCUACGUGAUCCCCAAGCACAAGGAUCUCACGCGGUGGAGGCCGAUUGCGCCUGCACCCGCAGACCCGGCCUCGAUGACACAGCGGAGAGUGGCGUGGGAUCUGCAUCAACUGCUGAAACGGCUAGCUGGCACUGCAGUACGUAUGAGAGCCGCGGGCUGCGACAGUGCGAUCAGGAGAUGUUAUGACAUCAAGGACAUGUUCUCCCGUAUCCCACACGAAACCAUGAUACAAGCAGUACACCAAUUGCUCAGACUCUACGAUGAUAAUGGCUGCAAGCAGGUUGGAGUAUCACGGAGGGGGAAGAUCUGCGUCAUCAGCAACAACAGGAGGAAGAUGGACGGUUAUGUGAGUUUGAAGUUGAAACUGAUUUUGGAAGGCGUGAAGUACGACCUGAGACACGCUGUGGUGAAGUGCGGAGAGAAGAUAGUGAAGCAGGUGUUUGGGAUACCGAUGGGCAAGUCAACUAGUUUGAUACUUGCCUCGAUCACAUGCGCGAUGGCCGAAUUACGAUUCGUCAACGAGCUUGGCGGGGACAGGAGACUGAUUGGAGGCUGGAGGGUCAUGGAUGAUAUCUCGGUGAUCACUGGAGUGCGGAAACAAGACCAGAAGAAAAUACAGCAGGAAGACCUGUUCGCAACGUUUGAAGACAUCUACGACCAGAACCUAGAGAUUGUACGGAAGGAUGAAUGUGGCAUGACCUGACAAUUUAUGGGAGGCGAAAUGAUGAUUUGUCAAGCACCAAUUCGACUGCACUAUAUCCCAAGGACGAAGA